AUGUCCCGAUUCUUGUUGCAUCGAAGGAUGGGCCUUGAGAGAAUUGUUGCAAAGGACAGAUCCAUCACCGCCUUCAUCAUGAGCAGUGCAUCUACCUCAUAUCCCAUGCCCGACAGCUCCUCCUCGAUGCCGAAAACCCAGUUACGGGUCAGGGAUCCCCUUCUACGUAUGCCGCCACUCUUCUUGGAGAAUGGUCACAGAACACACGAGCCUUCGCGCAAUGAUAUACACCGCGAUACCGUCCUACCAAAUUUAAGAAGCCCAGUUUUGUGUUUAAAUCUCCAGCACUGA